GAGUUCUCGUGUGGCUUUCACUACCUUCCGCCAUCAGCAAAAUUUUGUUUGUCAUCGUCGAAAUUUCCUAAAUAAAACUCUUUUUCUACAAUGCCUGAUCAUUUAGGAAGUGAUCAACGUAAAGUGAAGGAUGAUGAUAAAGUGGACAAGCCAAUUCAGGCACUUGAUGAAGGCGACAUUGCCCUUUUGAAAACCUAUGGUGCUGGUCAGUAUAGUCGCUCCAUCAAACAAGUGGAAGAGGACAUUCAAAAUAUCCUAAAAAGGGUCAAUGAACUUGCAGGAAUCAAGGAAUCUGACACCGGGCUGGCACCGCCUGCUCUAUGGGAUUUAGCAGCUGACAAACAGACAUUGCAAAGUGAACAGCCCCUCCAGGUUGCAAGAUGUACAAAAAUCAUCAAUGCAGACACGGACGACCCCAAAUACAUCAUCAAUGUGAAACAAUUUGCCAAGUUUGUGGUGGAUCUUGGUGAUCAGGUGGCACCGACUGAUAUUGAGGAAGGAAUGAGAGUCGGUGUUGAUCGGAACAAGUACCAAAUCCACAUUCCACUGCCACCAAAAAUUGACCCAACUGUCACAAUGAUGCAGGUUGAAGAGAAGCCUGAUGUUACAUACAGUGAUGUCGGUGGAUGUAAAGAACAGAUUGAUAAACUUCGGGAGGUCGUUGAGACACCAUUAUUGCAUCCUGAACGCUUUGUCACUCUUGGUAUCGAGCCUCCAAAAGGUGUGUUGCUGUUUGGGCCGCCCGGUACGGGCAAAACGUUAUGUGCCCGAGCUGUCGCCAACAGAACUGAUGCGUGUUUCAUCAGAGUUAUUGGAUCUGAACUUGUACAGAAAUAUGUUGGCGAGGGUGCCAGAAUGGUAAGAGAACUAUUUGAGAUGGCCAGAACAAAAAAGGCCUGUAUUAUCUUCUUCGAUGAGAUUGACGCCAUUGGGGGCGCCCGAUUUGACGACGGUGCGGGAGGGGACAACGAGGUCCAGCGUACCAUGUUGGAACUAAUCAACCAGCUAGAUGGCUUCGAUCCGAGGGGAAAUAUCAAAGUGUUGAUGGCAACAAACCGACCUGAUACUCUCGAUCCUGCACUGAUGAGGCCUGGAAGAUUGGACAGAAAAGUAGAGUUUGGACUGCCAGAUCUUGAGGGCCGCUCCCACAUUUUCAAGAUCCAUGCUCGAUCCAUGAGUGUUGAGAAGGACAUCCGAUACGAACUGUUGGCCAGGUUAUGUCCAAAUAGCACAGGUGCUGAAAUCAGGAGUGUUUGUACUGAAGCUGGAAUGUUUGCAAUCCGAGCACGACGAAAAAUGGCAACAGAAAAAGAUUUCCUCGAGGCAGUCAACAAAGUUAUUAAGGCGUAUGCUAAAUUCAGUGCAACUCCAAGGUACAUGACCUAUAAUUAGAUAUGGACUGAAAAGUGGAUGACAUGGACAAUGGAACAAUAGUGAAAACAUUUCAUGAAAUGAAAUCUGUUCAAAAUCCAUUGUGGCUGGUGAAACUGAAAGGAGUCCCUUUACCCCUUUUAAAAACUGUUUCCAAAAGACUUCCGGCAAAUCGCCACUGUGAAAACGAAAUUUGCAUUGCUUUUGAAGAUUGUGAGGGAAAACUUGUGUAAAUAUAUAAAAUUGUGUAA